GUAUUCCAUGUGCAUAAUUCUUAUAUAAAUAAUUCCUUUUACUGGAUCAUCCAUUCAUCUCAUCUUUCUAUCCGUUCUCAUUUGCUUUUCUCUAUAUAUUUUCACUUAAGAGUAUAAUCUCUUUGCUUGCUGGCCUCACUUCCUCCAUUUCAGAGGAAGAAGGAGAUGGCCACUGCUUGCAACAGGAACGGAGACAACAACAGCAUUGCUGCUCAGGACCACGAGUCGAGCUCAGUGAAUAAAUAUGGAGGAAUAGUGCCAAAGAGGAAGCCUCUGAUCUCGAAGGAUCAUGAACGGGCCUUCUUUGAUUCUGCAGAUUGGGCUCUAUGCAAGCAAGGUGCAGGAGAGACCCCAAAAACAACAGGAGCAAUAGAAACUUUACAGCCAAAAAUGCAGAGAACUCCGCACCAACAACUCCCACCUAGGAGACCAGCGUUUACAUCUGGAACCGGAAGAGAAAAUCUUGCCGAGUAAAGACCCAUGCUCAGGGUUUCACUGGUCUCUUCUCAGUUUCUUAUACGUUUCAUUGAACAUUUUGAUCCACUGUCCUCAAUAUGUAUAUGACACAACAUUUAGUGCAGCAAUAUCAAUCUGCAGCACAUUCAUGUUUGUA